AUGGAAGAGAUUUCCGACUUCUUGCAUUGCAAUAAAUGCUAUGCUUUACCGCAUAUCGAACCCCAAAAGUCAUUUUUCGUCACAACUUGCAUGCAUCUUCUGUGCAACAAAUGUGUUCUCAUCAGUAUGAUUUUUCAGGUUUUUCGCAAUUUUUUUCAAUGAUUUUUUUGAAGGUGAAGGUGAAUGUGUGAUUUGCGGACACAUGUUUAAAAAGGUGGCAAUAAAUUCAUCCAUGAACAACAAUGUUAAGUAUCUUUUCAAGGUUUUUUUUUAUUUUCAUGCAAGCAAAGUAUCAAGUUUAGAACCCACAUGUGUUGUUUCAAGAAGAAUUUGGCCGGUUUAUGAAACAAUUCGAAUUUCAACAAAACUUGAUGAAUGGGUUAUUAUCGCAUUUGAAAAAAGUGGUGCGUUUUUCAUUUCAUUCCGAGAAUGGUUUUUUAUGUUUCUUUUUUUUUAGAAAGAAAGAUCUAGAGAGCUGGAAAAGUAUUGCAAACGUCAAAAAGUGAUUUCGGAAGAGAAUGAGAGGUAGGAUAAAAUUAAAAGCAUUUAACUUUUUAACUGUUUUUAGAGAACUGACGCGUCUCCGCGAGUGGAUAAAAAAGGCGGAAAGUCGGAUAACUGAAGGAAACAAGCAAAACCUUCAGUUGGAACGGGAAGUUCAGCGUUUACGACAAAGAAUGGGCGAUUUUAGGUUAACGAAAAAAAAAUGUUUUUUGGUUCAAUUUGUUGAAGUUUUCAAACGCCCCUCAUGACUUCUCGAAGCGGCUCUUCUGGGUUUUUGAACAUGGCAUCACCGUUUCCUGGAAUCGACGUGAAUGGUUAUAAAUCUGUUUGUUUUUUUCAAAAAUCAGGACUUAGUUACUGAGAACUGUGAUUUUAGAUGAAGAAAAUUUUACCUUUUCAAGAUUAUUGAGAUUCGGAAAUUUUGAAGAAUUUAUUUGAAACUCUCAUUUUCCAUUAUGGAAGGGUGCCCAAGCCAUAAAAUUUUUUUUAGGUUAACUAACAAGAGCAGCCGAAGAGUUUUAGAACAGAUUUUUCUCAGUAAAUAUUUAUCCAGUCUUCAUCAUCUAAUUUUUCCCUUAUUUCUUUUUUGAACUUACUCAUUCAUUCCAGAAGCUCCGCCCCCUUUUGAGUCAAGCUUCGGCCUCACUUCCACCUCCAAUAAAGUUAUGCCUAUGAAUUUCGCGUUCGAAGAUCCCAGCGCCACCGUUGACACCCAUUCGUUCACCUCCCCUGUAACAGUGAUUUUUUUGUCUGAAAUUUGAAAAGCGCAUCGGAGAAAUGUUUUCAGUUCUCAACGCCGCAGCUUGCCAAAGACAUAUUCAGCACUUUCUCAACGCCUCAGGACCCAGUAAACCGGACUCAUUCGAUGGUUUUUUUUUAUUAGUUUCGUCACUAGAUUCCUUCAAAUUGAGAGCUAUUUUUGAUUGAACUAUUCCACAAUACAAAAAAUACAGACUGAAUUUGAGUGAGAAAUUGAUAAUAAUUUCAGAAGGGGUGUAAGAAAAGUAAAAGUCGAGUAAAUUAUUUUCCACGGCUUGAAACGUCCAUUUGAAUCUAAAUAUUUUUCAAGUGGUAUAACCCUUCCAAAUUCAAUCGUUUAUGACGUAUAGACCGAAAAUCACUCAACCGGGAGCAGCUGUAGGAUGAGCACCAAAUUGAAGUUCUUUUUCAAAUCAUUUUCUGGCCCCAAACCGCAAAGUUCUUUCUUUGUCUGGCGUGAAAUCAUUCCUGUUGUGGAAAACUGAGUACGGAACAAAACAAAAAUCAAAUUGCUCCUUAAAUUGAAACGUGGUUUUCCAACCAACCAGAGAUAGAAUGGCUGAUUUUAUUUGUAUUUUUUGGAGGUGCAGAGUAUACAACCGUCAUCGCUCUCCACGAAACUCACUCGAUCCGACAGCUUCUCGAAAAUGUUCAAGACGCCCAUCACGACCAGGGCGAAAAACAAUUCCAGCGACUCUAGUUUCAACUUUCGCACUCCCAUCGACUUGAAUCGGUCGGCCUCGAGAAGGUUUUGGAAGUAUUUUUCUCUUGGAAAAAAAUUGUAAUGUUCUUUAUUCCAUUAGUUUCAAUUGAUUUAUGUACUGAAGCUUUUUUGCUUUCUUUUUUUUUUGUCAUUUCUCAAGAUCCUGUGCCUUGAAUUUUUUAAAAAACGGCUUUAAAGACGGUGGUUAUGGGCGGAAGACUGUAUUUUUCUUUUAACCCGAAAAGCGAAUUUUUCGAUGAUUUCUUGAUUGUAAACUCCGUCCAGAAUCAAAUUAUUUAGGCGCAGACUUGUUCUGCGCCAUUUGGGUUUAGGAUAAGUUGGAAAAAAAAGGGCCUUAUGAUAACUUUUUUUCUAUAAAUAUGUUGUAAAAAAACGAUUUUUUUAGGUUUUUUUGAAAAACUGAUUAAUUUUUUUCCUUCGGUCAAAAGAUUUUUUUAAAUCACUUUUUUUCCAAAAAAACUGAAACUAUAUUUGUCACUCAAAUUCUUCUCCGAAACGAAUAAUUCGUUUGAAAAGUCGGAAUACAGAUUUUUCGAAACUGAGCGCGUUUUUGAGGAUUUUCGAAGACUAUAAUUUUUGAACUUUUUUUGCAAUUGCAAAAAUCGAAGAAUAAAUUUCUAAUAACCUUUUGAAGACUUGAAUAUUUAUUUCAGCAGCGAAAAUCCGUACAUGGAAGUCUUCAACAGCUCGAGGUGAGGAAAUAAAAUAAUGUGACGUAAAUUUCGGUUGGCAAAGAUAAAUUGAAGAGCAUCAGCCGAUCGUUCGUCGCCAGCUCUCUCCCAGAAACGAACUCCAGCCAACCUGAAAUCACGCGCCAUUCAAAGCGGUUAAUUUUUCCAUCAAUUCUGUAGAGUAGACUUUGAUCAAAGUUCUGUGAAAGUUUAGAUUUUCCCAAGAUUUCUUAAUAAUUCAAAAUGAGAGAAUAUUUUUUAUGAGGUUUUGAAAUUUGAAAGUUUCAUAAAGUGUUUAGAAAAGUGGUAGAGGAUAUCCUGAACUCAAAAAAAUUCUUUUCAAAAAAAAUUUUAUAUUCCGAAUUUUUGAAGCGUUUUCUUUUUGUUUUUCGUGAAAUAUAGUGUUCAAGCCGAUAAAAAAAGUCAUUAGAUUUUUAAUUUAAAAUCUACUCUUGUGACUACUUGAUUUGAAAAAUUGAAGAAAAAUUUUUACCAAUUUGAAGCAUAUUGAGGCGCAAAGAAUGAAUGAAAUUUGGUUUUAAGCAGUUUUUCUUUCCAGUUUUUUUGGAAGAUUAGUAGUACUUCAAAAAUAUGGUUUUAAAGUCAUUCCUUCGAAGAAUUAUUGAAAAAAAUCUUUUAGAACUAAAAAGACAACUUGAAUGAUUGGAAAGCUAUAACAUCAUAUAAACUUGAGAAAAAAAUGAAUGACUUUGUAAAUUUUUCGAUCUGUGUUUCUUUCCUUGGUUUUUGAGCUGUAACUUCUCAUUGUGAACGGAAAGUCGCAAAAAGCUAGCUUCUGUCAAAAAUAAUGCCUUUUUUGGCCCUCAAACACGUGUGUUGGUUGUGUAGAAUGGCGCAAAUUUGCACUCGGAAUAAUCGAGCGGCGAUCGGCCUUUUUGGUCUCGAUUUACGUGGAUCUUUUAUAUUAUUUUGACGAGCUCAUUCAUAUUCUUUUUUAGCAAUCAUUUCAAUCAGAAUCAUAACUUCUUUCAAUGUUCAACGUUCCCCUAUUUGAGAUCUUGGCAAUACUAGAACUUUAAUUUCAUGAAAAGAUUGAGUAGUUUAAAAAAGUGAAAGCCUGUUUAUAAUGCUAAUUCAAAAAAAUAUAUGCCUUAUUUUUUUGCUUGUUUUUCUCUUUUUUUAUUGAAAAAAACACCAGAGUUCUUGGAUCUGGAGUUUGAGGCUCUUUUUUUCUUGAUUUCGAGAUUUUUCUGUUUAUAAAUAUAGGACUCGAAAUGAAUUUUUUUAAAGAAAGGCUUUUUUUAUUCAAAAAAAUUUUUAAAGAUUAAAAAAAUUAUAAAAAAAUACUAAUAAAAAAAAUUAAGUUUUCUAUCAAAUUAAAUGAAUUUCAAGAGUUUAGGUUACGUUGAACGUGGCUCGAUAAUCCCUGCCUCGAUUCUCCCAUUAAACAAUUAA